AGAGGAGGGGAGAGCACUGGGGAGCGGAGCCAGAGCCGGGCUGCCUGCCACCGGGCUGCUCGUCCGCUAGCUGGGGAGGAGCGCUCCACCCGCAUCUGACAAAGGAUGGGAGAAUGCCCGCGCCCCGGGGUGCCGGCCGCGCGCAGCCUGGCGGCCGCCUGAGCCACUUCACCCUCCGCCGGUAAGUGACUGAAAACAUCAUUCAUUCAAUCAGCCUUACUGGGAGUCCCCUCUCUCCGGUUGGUAGUCCCGGGCGGCUUGUCCCUGACCCCGAGCGGGGCUUGGCACAGCAUCAGCCCUGGAGGGCAGGCAGCAGGUGCUUUUGCCUGGUGGGUCCACUGGGGAGCGUGGCUGGGGGUUCGCGGCGGAUGCUGCCACCCAACCUGCUGGCGGCGGGCUAGCCCGAUAGGCGCCUCUCUGGUGAGUGGAGGCGGCUCCAGCCCGCUGCCUGGGGUAGUUGCUACUAUUGGCCCCCCGGCGCCCGUUCUGCGCGCGCGCCGUUUCUGGCGGAUCCCCAGUGCGCUGCGCGCUGUUUACUCCGGCGUGGUACUAGUCACCCAGCCGCACCCCUCGGAAAGCGCGGAAUCGAUGACAGCCACUUCACAGGCUCACGCGCUCCCAGUGUGGGCUUGAAGGGGACAGGGACAGAUUACCAAAGGAGAGCGCUCACUACGGAAGACACAGGGCAGCCUUUGUCUUGGGUUUAGCUCUGAUGCGCUCAACCCUGAGUCAGGUUCACUGCAACUGUUGGGUCCGAUUCUGGUUCCCUGCAACCGCCUUCCUGGGCGAGGGAUGUCAUUGUGUUCCUGCGGCCAGCGGGACUGAGAGCUGGGACUUAAGACGCCAGGAGGGUCCUGCGCUCACGGGAAAUGUACCCCAAAAGAACUCUGAGAGAAUAUACUCAACUGUCCUGCUGUGAUUAAACAAGACUGCUGCAUUUUAAUUUCAGAAAUUGAAAAGGGAUAAGAGGAAGGAGAAAAUGCUGGGCUGGUGUGAAGCGAUAGCCCGUAACCCUCACAGAAUUCCAAACAACACGCGAACACCCGAGAUCUCAGGGGAUUUGGCUGACACCUCACAAACCUCCACACUGAAUGAAAAAUCCCCAGGGCGAUCUGCAAGUCGAUCAAGUAACAUUUCAAAAGCAAGCAGCCCAACAACAGGAACAGCUCCCAGGAGCCAGUCAAGGUUGUCUGUCUGUCCAUCCACUCAGGACAUCUGCAGAAUCUGUCACUGCGAAGGGGAUGAAGAAAGCCCCCUCAUCACACCCUGUCGCUGCACUGGGACACUGCGCUUUGUCCACCAGUCCUGCCUCCACCAGUGGAUAAAGAGCUCAGAUACACGCUGCUGUGAGCUCUGCAAGUAUGACUUCAUAAUGGAGACCAAGCUCAAACCCCUGCGGAAGUGGGAGAAACUACAGAUGACCACAAGUGAAAGGAGGAAAAUAUUCUGCUCUGUCACGUUCCACGUAAUCGCGAUCACCUGUGUGGUUUGGUCUUUGUAUGUAUUGAUAGAUCGAACAGCGGAGGAGAUCAAGCAAGGCAAUGACAAUGGUGUCCUUGAAUGGCCAUUUUGGACAAAACUGGUUGUGGUAGCCAUUGGUUUCACAGGAGGUCUUGUCUUCAUGUACGUCCAGUGUAAAGUCUACGUUCAGUUGUGGCGCAGGCUGAAGGCCUACAACCGUGUGAUCUUUGUACAAAAUUGCCCAGACACUGCCAAAAAACUGGAGAAGAACUUCUCAUGCAAUGUAAACACAGACAUCAAGGAUGCUGUGGUAGUGCCUGUAUCACAAACAGGUACAAAUUCACUGCCAUCUGCAGAGGGUGGCCCCCCUGAAGUUGUAUCAGUUUGAUGGAACCUGUUGGGAGUUCCUUCACCGAAGAAUAUCUUUCUAACCCUCAGCCACUACAAAUGACAGAAGUGAUCUUGAAUUAUUUACUCCCUUCAGCUCCUCCUUUCUCCUACUGACACAUUUUUCCUGACUUUGUUCAAAGAGGAAAGGAGAAAAACACACCAAAUGCCCAGGAUCCCAUGAAGUACAGCGUGAAGUAUGAUAUGGAAAUGUGAAGUUUGCCAGAGAAUGAUUUCUAAGACAAAUAAAUAAGAACUACUGGGGCAAUUAAUGCUUUUAGGCAGUAAUCAAAGAUUAAAUGGACCCAUGAUACUCUUCAAAGUAACAGGGGAAAAGUUCAAGAAUACAGACUUGAAUUGCAAUGUGUAUUACUUCUAGGGCCUUGUAAUGUUAACUGUCUCAUCUGGAAAUAACAAACAUAUUUGGUUUUAAGCCUGAAAUUGUCUGCAUUAUCCCUAAGUCACAUUGGAAGCGAACUUGGAGGAUGCGUAUUUUGAUAUGUUUUGACAGCUAACAGAUUUUUAUGGUUCUAGUGGAGUCCGGUUAUUUUGACAGAUGCAUGUUUUUUAAACAGAUGAAAUAUACACUUGAAGACACUGAUAUUUGGAAUUAUGUCUAAGUCAUGAACAAAAGAAGAUUUUCGGAAAAUGUUCAGAUAUAAUUACCUCUGUUAAAUACCCACAGAACUAAGUUAUCAGGUCUUAUAUUUUUUUCUGAUUCCUCUAAUACAGUGCUGUCCAAUAGAAACACAAUAACCAUAAAUGCAGGCCACAUAUGUGAAUUUUUAAUUUCCCAGUAGCCCCAUUUUAAAAAGUAAAAAUAAAUGUUAAAGUGAAUUUUGAUUUUUAAAAAAUUUAACACUAUAUAUGUUAUUUCAACGUCAUCAAUAUAAAAAAUUAAGAUAGUUUACAUCUGUUUCUUGAAUCAAAUUUUCAAAAUCCAGUUUGUAAUUUAAAAGCACACUUCAACUUGAAUUAACUAUGUUGGAUAGCACAGCCGUAAAAUUAGAGACUAAGCUUCUGCUUUAUUUAACAGUUGAAUAUUUCAAAAAAGUUUCAUUCUUUUAUUUCAAAGUCUCAUAAAAGUUAUGAUUUUUAAAAGCACUAAAUUAAGUAUCCUCAUUUUAAAGUCAGAUGAAGUUCACAUCUCUAAAGGGUAAAAAUCCAAAAGUAUAGAAAGAUAAAAUAAUCUGCCUGUAGCAAAGUUGUGAAAUUAAUUUGUUUGUUACUAUGAAGUACUUACGAUAGGGGAAUAAAAUUACCUAUUUUUGUUAUUAAAUCAAAUGUGUAAGGCUUAUUUCAUCCAUGAGGUGUCAACUUGACAGAUGAGUAAUUAUGACUAAGAAUCUAGACGUUGCUAGCUGACAGGAUUUCCCUUGCUCAGUUAGAAAGCAAAAAUAGUCAACAGAUUCUGUGAUAAGUAAUUAAUUGUUUAGGUUUGACAGUUGAUUAUUGUGUUCUUUGCAUAUUCAUGUAAAACUGAUGUGUGAAUGGCAUUACAGUGAGUUAAUGAUUAUAGAUAUAGUAGCCUGUCAAAGAAAGACGUCCUACAUUAAAAAAGGUGUCAUAUUAUGUUAGCUGUCAUUAUUUAUUAACAUGAAAAGGCAAUGAUGGCCAUAAGAACCAAAGCAUGAGUAUCACAUUGCACAAAUCUGGGUAUCACAUGGAUGCACUUUGUAAUUAUCAGUGUGCUUGUUCUUCACAGAUCAUAGGAAAAAGGAAAAAAAAACAAACAAA